AUGGUGUUUGGUAAUAGCAUACCUACCAAUCGAGAAGAGUCAGUACAUAAUUACUGGACUGACCGGCAGACCAGAUACAUCUCAGAUGGGACCGUCGGUCCAGGAUCGAUCCCUUCCUCUGCACUUCCCGAACGGUCCUUCCCUAUCAGACAGGAUCAUUCGGUAUAUCCUAGGAGUCCUCGCCCUCGUGUACUCCCGUCAGAUAUAGAUAAUGAUAAUGAGGAGGAGGAGGAGAAUCCUAGGAAUCUGAGAGUUGGAAUUUCACGUUCCACUUCGAGGGAGACAUCAACAGUGACUGAAGAAGGGACGAAGAUGAGCAUGGAGAAGGAUGACGCAAGUGAAGCAAGUAUUACGAAGAAUGAUAUUCGGAGUGAAGGCCAGAGUACCAGUGUGACGAGCAAAAAUUCAAAUAAGGCUGAUGAAGAGGAUAAGAAGGAGGAAGAUAAUGACACAAAAUCGGAAAAUUCCGAUUCGCAAGUAUCAUCGAAAAUAUCCACUAAUACAGAUGAUAACUCGACAAAAAGUGGUUCCAAUUCUGACAGUAUGAAUACUGCCAGAUCUGGUUGGAAAUCUGUACCCGUCACUACGAUCAGUAUACCGAAUACGUCAUGUUAG